AUGCGAAUCUUUUUGACUAAAGUUUCCUUCUUUUUCUCAUUGGUUCUUUUGUGUUCUGCAGCCAACAACUGUGCGUGGUUCGUUGGAAAACUCCACUGCUCUGACCCAACAAAGUUAGAGAAUGUUGUGGUAGAGAUCUGGGACAAGGAUCGUUCCUUUUUUCCCCUAACCCUUUUCGUCGAUGAUGAUUUGGCUGGAAGAACAAUCACCUCUGCCGAAGAUAAUGGAACGUUCAAAGUGGAAGGAUGCGCUUCUGAUGUCGAUUUUCUCUUCGUAAAAAACGAACCAGAAUUCUAUCUCAAAAUUCGUCACUACUGUAAGGGAAGAGCGGAAGUCACAUAUGCCCAUCCGAGGAAUAUGAAGGUGUUCGUUCCAGAGACCAAUGAUUAUUUCACGAAACAUCCUAUCAUUUUGGGUUAA